AUGGCCACCGAGAGCGAACGCUUCGCACUCGCGCGUGCAGCACUCGGCGAUGACCCCUCCCGUUCAGCACCCGCCCUGUUUGCCUAUGGCUCACUCAUGAUAGACGAGGUUAUCGCAACCCUGCUGGACCGUGUGCCUGGGAAUGAGCCCGCAAAAGCCCCGGGAUACCGCGUGUCUCAGCUCCCGGACCAGUCAUACCCGGGGCUCGUUCACGACGAGUCUUGUGAGGCUCAUGGUCGCAUCUAUUGUGGACUCGGCCCCAAAGAGUGGGCAAUCUUGGAUGCUUUCGAAAACCCUCUAUACGAGGUGCAGGUGGUGACACUAGCGGAUGGACAGAAGGCGCUGGCUUAUGUGUGGACCGUGGAUCUUCUAGUAGGGGCAGCGGGGUGGACAACUGCAUCCAUGGACGGUGCUGUACUGGAGGAGUACUUGAGGUGGACGAAAGCCUGGCGCGAGGACUACGACGGGGAGAUCAAAGCAUCCUGA